UAAUACUACUUCCUACUUCUUUCUUCAUCUCUUGAAUCUCAGUGUAAAAGAAACAAGCGAUAGUGAAGGUGUGUACGCCUAAUUUGAGGCCGUAAGGCGCUCGACUUGCUCCUAAUAAUCGAUAGAAUGGCACGUGGGAACCAAAGAGAGCUGGCUAGGGCCAAGAACGCCAAAAAGCAAACUGACAAUGUCAAGAAGAAAGCAGCUGCUGAAAAGGAAGGCAACAAAGGAAUGACUCUUGAACAACGCAAGGCCAGAGAUGCCGAGGUGAUGCGUCUUAAGCAACUCAAAGCCAAGGAGAAGGAAUCCGGUUCAUCUUGAAUUACUCCCUCCAUUAUUCAUGUUUCUUAACGUAGCUGUCUUUCUUAUUAAUGAGAAAAUUCGAAAGUGAAUCAUUUUAGUUAAAUGACUCUCUCUUGAGUAUUUACCUGUGUCACAUGUUAUUGCAUAUAUCAUGACGAAUACCUAUCCUAGUAUUUGUUCCUGUGCUGAUGAAAUACAACAGUUCCACUUUACAUGUGGAUUUUUAACUAACCACAUUCAUUCGCUCCAUGUUUACGGAAACAGCGUUCGUAUUUCUCAGCCAAUAUAAUCAGCUUUUCAUGUAUCCAGUUUUAUGUAACGUGGUUUCUAACCCUAGUUUCUAAUAAUCAAGCUUCCUUAAAGUCUGGGUAAUAAAUGGCAAUCACGAUUGA